AGCUGAGUAGACUUCUGGAGCCAGAAGAGUGCAGCAAGGGAGCACACUGGGUCAGAGAGCCGUGAAUCACCGCCUGAGACACGAGGAUCCAGACUUCCAGUCGCUGAGCUCUGUCGGAUGGGGAUACACUGCCAAGGAGGACUUAGGGGGGAGAAGAGUGUGUUUCUUUUCUUCUCUGGGUCUGUUUUCUUUCUCUUCCGCCCGGCUUCCCUCCCUCAUGAGCUGUUAACUCCAGCACCGGUCCUUAGGAUGAGGAGGAUCUAUUUGUGAGGAAGACGCAACAAAGGAAGAGGGACCAAGGAGCAACAGGGUGGCAAUUCAAGCGAGCGGGAGUCAACAAGAAGAUCUGGUCUCGUUCUCCAAGCGAGGAGUCCUGACUCCAAGCAGCAGCCAUGUGAGAGGAGCAGUCACACACGCAGAGGAUGCCUACGUCCAUCUAGAGAAGAGCUGCCUCCCUCUCUCUCUCUUCCCGCCUCCCUCCCUCCCUUGAGCUCCCUCCCUUCUUCCCACAUGAGGAGGAGAAGAUGACUAUCACCAGCCGGCAGUCCUUCAAUGUCCUGACGGUCAUCUUCCUCCUGCUGUCCACUGCAGCCUUGUCAGCUCAUUACCGAGUGUGUGAACCCUACGACGACCCAAAGGGGCGCCCUCACUUCGGCUUUCACUGCCCGCGCCUCUCGGACAACAAGACCUACAUGUUCUGCUGCUACCACAACAACACCGCCUUCAAAUACUGCUGCAACGAGGCCGAGUUUCAAAUGGUCAUGCAGAUCAACCUCACCACCACCUCAGACGGUUACGCACACAACAACUAUACAGCCCUGGUUGGAGUGUGGAUCUACGGCUUCUUCGUCAUGGUGCUGCUGGCGCUGGACUUCCUCUACUACUCAGCCAUAAACUACGAGCUGUGCCGGGUCUACCUGGAAAAAUGGGGUCUGGGGGGACGCUGGCUGAAGAAGGCGCGAAGUCAGUGGCACAGGUCCAUGCCGGAGGAGAGCGAGACCCCGGCUCAAGCCCAGCCCAUGGUCCCCACCCACUAUCAGCCCAGACACAGUCUCAGAGGGGAGAGCCACAGCCCCACGCUCCUGCCCUACAACACAUCCACCGCAUGAAAGAUGCCGCAGGUGGACAAACUGAAGAGUAGCAACACCUUGUUUCCUUACGUGGUUCAGGGGGAGAUGCCCCACAGAAGCCCCUCUCUGGACCACAGACACUAACUCCAGUGGUGGGCUAGCCAUAUUGUAGUAGUUAGAAGUGACUACUGACCCUUUCUAAAGAGCACAAAAACACCAGUGGACGGACAGAUAUGGAAACACAAGAGGACUGUUCUGCGUCUGCUGCCACAGCCGAGAAGCGACGGACACAUUCAGCUGCUCGCAGGUGUUCAGUGAUCCCUAAAAAAUGGCUGCCAAGGCUUGGAGUAUCCCAAACAAAUCCAGGCUGAACUGGAUAAACUGUACUGGCAAGCAAGGAGGCCCGCCUGUUUUUAAAAAACAAAGCUCAUCUUUCUAGAUAGAACAUGUUUAUUACACUGCUGUGUCAGUUUGUGUUCAGUAGCAGUUAGACACAGAUGUGGGUUAUCUAUUUGGUGAUUUAUUUAUGUGAACUAGUCAGAGAAGUAUGUGAGUGGUUAACAUUCGGAACAUGUAACAGCUUAGGUUGAUGCUGAGCAUCUCACGUAGAGUAGGAUGUUUUUGUUACUUUCUGAAGCCGAACACAAAAUGUCUCUGCAGCCAUGAUGAAAAACACUAUCUUAUAGGAAAUGUUUUAGUUCUCCUUUCUGCAAAGCAAGUAAUUUCUCUAUAUUUGAACGUGUUUGACGAGGACACAAGGCCAUACAGUUGGACUGCUGUGGAUCUUUUACACCACUGAAGUUUUUCUCUUUGGUUAGUGAUGGUGGGGAAACUUUGGAUCCUGACGCUCAACUUAUUCACCCCUAACAUUCAUGAGGAUCAGGGACACUUUAUGCUAAGUUAACCUUAACCCCUGGCUCUGAGCCUGUGAGCUUAUUAAAGACCAUCACUUAUAAAGUUUAGUGUGAGACAGUUGCCGGGGAAACCUCAUCCAAUGACUUGUUUGCCCUUCCUCAUUACCGGAGAUGCCUGAGAAACAGCUCCAUUAGCAAUAUGAUGCAAAUGAAUCUCCAUUUGGUUCUUUUACAAGGAGCACUCUACAUCCCACACAGCUGAUAAACAAUUGUAAGCGAUUAGCCAUAAUAGAAAUGAAAAAAAAAACGUAAUGCCCCUCCACUGUCAGCAAUAAUGUACAGUAGCUUAAACAGGAAGGAUGAGUGUGUGUUAAAGUCAGGGGAGCAGCCAAAUGAGCAAUGGGUAUUCAUAGAGGUGUCUCACAGAGGGCUCAGCUCAGUUUACAUUUAACAUGAAGAUUAAGUCAAUACAACUUAUAACUGUUUCUGGAUUAACUAUUAGUAUCUAAGAAAAUCUCAAACCACUUCUGUGUCAGCUCUGUCAGGAGAAACAUGAAAACAGUUCCCACUUUAUAAUGAAAAGUUUCACUUUAGAACUGCAGCUUAUUGUUACUUUCAUUAUUGAUCCACCUACCAAGGAAUUAUGUCCUCAGUUAAUUGUUGUUGUUUCAUAAAAUCGAUAAAAAUGUCUGUUAUAAUAUCCAACAGCCCAAUAUCGACCAACAGCCCAAAACCUGCUGAUUUUAAUUUAUUAUCAUGUAUGAUGAGAAAGUCAAACACCCUCAUGUGGUGACUGUGGAGCCUUAAAAAUCACUCAAAGGAUGAUCAACUAUUUAUCAUGAAUUGUUUGGUUUAUUAAGAAUGAAAUAAUGGAAAAACUACCCUUUUCACAAUAUGCGGAUGUCUUAAAAGUACAUUUUCAUUUUCCCAAGAGCUACAAAAUCUAAAUUUAUUAUACUGGAAUUCAAGCAUAACAUAACAUUUUGCUUCAAAAAGAGACUCAAUCAAUACAUUUAUUCAAAGAAGUUGUUCAUGCCCAAAUCGGAAUAGAAGCUUGAAGGGGUGGUGUUAUGCUUUUCAAUGUUUUAUAAACAGAUCUCAAUUGAAGAUGUUGGAUGUCCAUACUAAAUGUGGACACAAUUUCAAAUUUGUCAGAUACACUUUUGUCGGUGUAAUCCCAGGAUGAGACUACUGACAGCUCUGAAUGUCUUGUUCGAAAAAUCACAUGAGAAUUACAAUAGAGGGACGCAAGUCACAUUCAACAUGACAUCACCUGUUGGUGAAUCUCCUUAAAAAGAGCAUGAUAAAGGUAACACUUACCAAACAGAAAGUCCUGCUCUGUUCUUCCUUGAUGAGGAUUUGCUUGUUCCUUUCCAAACUUUUCAGGUCAGAUUCAAGGUCCAAAACAUCCAGACAUAUUCCAUAAUCUGUCCUUUGAAAAUAGAGAAAUGAUGGUUAACUCAUUGACAAUGACUUUAACGAAUGGCACCAUAGAAGAGGCUUCCAGAGAUAAAGAUAAAUGGAAGUUUUUAUAUACUCCAGAAGUAUCAGAGGGAUAAUAUAAAGCCUGAAAAUGAGCACAAUACCCCCUCUUUAAAAUUCUCACAGUUGGAAGGCAUGAAUCCUUAAAAGUUAUUUAAAUAAUGAAUCAAGACCUGAUUCCCUUUAUUUAAUCAAUUAAUCAACAAAGUGUUUUGUUUAAGAAGUGAUGGAAAGUAGCGUGCUCUUUUCACAACUUUGAUGUCUUUGAAAUACUUCUUAACCAAAACAAUCUGAAGCUUGUCCAUAAAAUAUUCCCCCAGAAGAAGUCAAUAAAAAGUUUUGGCAUUUUUAUGUGAAAAAAUGACCUAAAAGAUAUAAUGAUUAACAGAACACUUGCCGGCAUGGACUAAAAGAUAAAUCAGCCCACUGCUGCGGCUCUACUUUUCAAUCUCAAGGAAAACCUUUUCAUGUCCAAACCUUGAUUAACUCCUGAGAUACAUUCCCUUCAAACAAAGCAGCUGUUGGUGCCAGACUGUGCAUGAGUGACAGUGUGCGAGGACCAGGUGGACAGACGGCAGGUACAUGAGGAGAGGGGUGUCUAUCCCAAUCUCUGCAUCUCUGACUGGUGAUCUGGCAGCUGCUGAGCCCGUACGUGUGCUGAAUAUCUACUCAAAUCAGAGGGAAACAAGCCGAGCCGUGAGACUGCCCAUUAUGUUUACCCUGCUUGUUUCAUGAAGUUGAAGUGAACCCUCUUAACUCUGGUCAAGUACUGCAGGCUUCAUCCUUAGUUGUCUGCAAUAAUAUUCAUAUUUGCUGAGUCGUUAGAGCGAGUUAAUUCCCGUUUCAGUGGCUAAAGUUUAAUUGCGUGUGCGUCCCAGCAGGCCCAAGCUUUCAGGGGCAGAGGGAAAGGAUGUGUCCAAGUGAAAUAAUUGGCCCAGAGAUCAGCAACGGUUCUGAAUUACACUCUCUGGACUUCUUCUCGUAAGCUGUCUCCUUAUUCCUAGAGUGAGAACAAAAAGUAGAAAACAUGGAGAAGAUUUUGGACAGGUGAAGCAGCAUGAUGUCUUACUACUGUGUGUGUUGAAGGUAUGAAUUCAGUCAAACCUGUAGCUAGUUGUAUGAAAACUGCUCUGGUUAAAGGAUCCCUUUGUACCCGGAUGGAGGGUUGAAGGAGGCGGCCAAAGUUCCAGUCAUGAGGGAAUGAUUUCACAUGAGACUAAAACACUUGAAUUAUUCUACAAUGAAGGCUUUAAAAGUCCUUUAAAAAUAUAAAUGUUUGAAGUUUGAAGAGUAAAUGGAGGGAUGUCUCCUUCAAUCAUCCUUCUCCUUCAGCUCUGACAAAAUUAACCAUGUUCACACAGCAGCUGCGUUUAUCUAAGUCACAAUGUCCUACAGCUGUCUUACAUAUUUGCAAAUUGUACAAACGUGAGGGUGAUUUAUUUUCAUUCUACGACUUCCACGUUCAUCGGCAACUGAAAAAAUACACAUGGUGAAAAUCCAGAGGGAAAUUGGCCACAUUUCAUGUAAAAAAACUACAUAUUUAGCUGCUUUUAAACAUUAGCUAACAUUAGCACCUACUAGCUAACAUCACUUUCUGAAAGAGUGACAUUAUAUUAGCUAGAAAUGGGUUGAAUGCUAGUAUUUGUCUUUGUGACUUGGCUGUCAGUACCUGCAGUUUCCACAGUAUCCUUUUGUGUGAAGCACUCCUGGGCCGACUGAUACUGUAGAUGCUUGUGUUACUUGAGAAAAAAAGAUGGAGUGCCCAAAGGAUGCGGUUCGGAAAUAAAGAUUGGAAGUUGUUUGGUCACAUGAUCAAAGAAAAGUAAACUAUAAACAAACUGUAUUAAUGUUUGACUUUAGUAAAAGCCCAAAAGACGAACAUACGAAAAACAAGACUGUCAGUAAGGUCCGUUAAGUCAAAAGACUGUAUGCUUCAGUCAGCCACACCUUUAGGCUGCAGCACUCUCUGACCUGCAGGGAUCACAGUCAUUAGUCAACACACACAUAAAUAGACAUUUCAAAAAUAUAAUUUUACAUAAGCAUAAAUACAAACUAAGGAAUUGGCUCCUAAAGUACCUUCUGAGUCAGCGAUUAUGUUGCUUUUUGACAUUAAAAUGUCUUCCCGGUUUUCUCUACCCACUGUCUUUCAGUUGCCGAUAAAACAUGGAGGUGGUGAAAUGACAAGAAUUUACCAGAUUUGCUUGUUUCCAUGCAGAAGUGUAACAUUAUAACCAGCUCAGAGGAGCUAACAAACAGCUCCUAUGGAGGGAAUAAUGGCGCCAGAUGGUCACAUGGUCCUUUAUGUUGCCCAACCAUACCCAUGUUAUUUGUAGGGUUGUUCUUGUAGUCAAUUACAACAAGUGUUUUUCAUUUAUCUAAUACAGCUCAUACAGUUUUUGGUUUGGUGUUUUUGACAGAGAUGGCAGUUAAAAUGUAUUUGUGUUCAAAUGUUUCGGAUUGAAAGAGUUCAAUGUUUUCAUUCACAUGACAGAAGGAACUAUUGGCACCACAUUAAGAACUCUACUGGUAUUGUUUUUUCUGGUAAAGGUAUUGUUUGUGUAACCAUGUUCUUUAACAGUACCCAGCCUUAAGCAGCACAGAGGAGAUUAUAAAGGUUAAAAUGUGGCUUACAGAGCUCCAUCCUGUGUGUUCAGGCCUGUAAUAAGUCAAAGCAGGUCUGUAUUUAUUAUCACCAGUAACAAUAUAGUGACAUCCAGGGAAAUAAAGACAACUUCAUUUUGCCUCUGACGUGCAGUAGCAGGGUCACAGAUGGAUUCCCUCACGACACAAGCGAGGAAUCUUCCCCCUCAUUUCUUGAAAAUGUUCCAGCUUCAAUGGUUUUGUGCUGUUUUCUGUUUUAGUUGGAAAACAAACGGUCUUGACUCUGGACUGAUGUGAUGUGGUACUGUGAAUCGUAUCAGCUCAGCCUUCUUCCUUAAUAAAAAAAACCACACAAAAACAAACUAAAAAAAAUCAACAACAAGGAGAAGGGAGCGCACAUCUGUUUCAGUCUCUCCAGGUCGUCAUGGUAACAGUUGCCUUACAGUCGAAUACCCACCUGUACACAGAAGCUUUGUAGUGGUCGAUACCUCACUUUUUGUGUGUGGUGGUGGUGGUGGUGGUGGUGAUGAUGUGCACCACGUUCUGUCUAUGUAUUUAUACUAGAUAGAAAGUCCAGUACCGUUUCAGUUGGAUUGUUAUUGCACUUGUUGACUUUGUAUCGUCACAACAGGGAGAAAUAAAGUUUUAUCUUUUCCAGUGUGUUUAAA